AUGGGUACAGACAAAGACACCAAUGUUGGCACUGCCAGUCCAGUCUCGGAGGAGGCACCCGAGGUGGGCUCUAUUCGAGAGCUCAAGUCACUGCAUGUGGACGGUCUCGACCCAGUCUUUGAGCACCAAGCUCGGCUCGUGAACCAUGCAGUUCAGUGCAUCGGCAUGGGAAAGUACCAAUGGGUACUCUUCUUCCUCUGCGGGUACGGUUGGCUGUGUGAUCAACUCUGGCAAACGACCGUCUCGGACGCACUUGCCCAAGUGGCCGUUGAGUUCACGCCAAAGCAUUCGGCAUUUUUGUCUCUUGCUUUGAUCGCUGGAUUGGUUGUUGGUGCAACUUUCUGGGGACUUGGAAGCGAUUUGAUCGGUAGAACACUUGCAUUCAACCUGACCCUGCUGAUUGCUGGAGUCUUUGGCACCGCUGCAGGAGCUGCCAACAGCUUCGUGUCCUGUGCCGUUCUCGUCGCCUUCUGCGGGUUUGGUGUUGGAGGAAACUGGACUCACCAGUAUCUCCUCGAAAUUUUGGCCGUUUGGUGGUCAAUCGGUCAAGCCAUCCCAGCAGGAGCAGCCUGGGGCUUUCUUCCCAACUUCUCUUGCAGCGCCGACACACCUGUUGGUCAAUGCCAUAAGAAGGACAACAUGGGCUGGAGGUAUCUGAUGUACACCAUGGGUGGCAUCACCUUGGCCGCUUUCUUUGCUCGCUUCGUCUUCUUCCGACUCCGUGAAAGUCCACGGUAUCUGAUCGGUCAAGGACGGUACCAGGAAGCCAUUGAUGUGCUCAACGAUGUCGCAAAGUACAAUGGCACCACACAGCCCCUGACUGUCGAGGAUCUGUUGCAAGUCGAGAGAGACUAUGCGACCGUCGGCCAUCCCGCAGCUGUAAAGAGGCCCAACUCCUGGAAACGCACUCUUGCACAAUUCCGACCCGGGGGUCUCAAGCACAUUCGAGCUCUCUUCUCCACCAAGAAGGUUGCCUAUAGCACCAGCCUCAUCAUCCUCGUAUGGGGCAUGAUUGGUCUUGCGUCACCAUUGUAUGCGAACUUUCUGCCAGAAUAUCUGGCGUUGCAUGGUGCGCAGAGCGGCUCGAAUAGCAUCGGCAUCACGUAUCGCAACAACUUCAUCAUCAUCGCAUGCUCCAUUCCAGGUACUUUGAUGGCAGGGUGGUUUAUCGGACUACCAUAUAUUGGCCGAAGAGGCACGCUUGGUAUUUCUCUGAUCUUGACCUCCGUCUUCCAGUUUGCCUUUACAGCAGCACGGACACAGGCACAAAUCCUUGCCUUCAACUGCAUCACCAGCUUUGUUUCGUAUAUCAUGUGGGGAGCUUUGUACUGCUAUACGCCCGAGGUCAUCCCCAGCGUGCACCGAGGCACGGGUUGCGGGUUGGCGGCAGCAUUCAAUCGUAUCUGUGGUCUGAUGGCGCCGAUCAUCGCAACUUAUGUCGGCUACACGAACACGCCCAUUUUCGUCUCGGCGAGUUUGUAUAUCGCUGCGGGAUUGAUCAGCUUUAUCUUUCCGUAUGAGACAAGCGGGAAGGCAAGUCUGUAA